AUGUCGCUCCGCUAUGGGAGCUACGGCGGAGGCCUCAGCGGAGGCGCGGGCGGCCUCGGCGGCGCGUGCGGUGCGGGCCGCGGGUAUGGCGCCAGCGGCCUGUACGGCGCGGGCGGCGCGUACGGCGCGGGCGGCGCGCGUGGCGCGGGGGGCGCGGACUGCGGCACGGCGUGCUGCGCAAGCACCACCGCCUGCAUGGGCUGCGGCCCCGGCUGCGGCGUGGCCUGUGCCGAGGGCUCGGGCUGCGGCGGCGGCGGCACGAUUCUGAGCUACGUGGGCCCAGGGGGCGACUACGUCCAGGAGACCACGUACAAGUACGUAGGCAUGGGCGCGGGCGAGUUCGGGGCGGUCCGCAUCCCUGGGCGCGGCCCGAACUUCUGCCUGAUCUGCCUC